UUUGUGUUAAUUUUUUAUCAAUGUAUCGCGGUGAUUCAGAUGAUUUAAUAAAAUAAAGAUAUCUAUAAAAUUGUGACUGUGAAGACUUUGUGUGCAAGUGAUAACGUUGUCAAGCUCAGCUGGUUUCAGGAGGCGAGCGGUAAAAAUUUCGCGAGUUUUUCUUUAAGUCACGGAUAGCACAUUUUGUGCUCUAUUUCCUCAUCUAAGCGCCGUGAAACCGUAGCUCGAUUUUAAACUAAGCAUGGGAACAUAGUGGCGGUGUAAAUUGGGAAAAUAAUAUAAAGUAAAAGUGUGAAAAGUGCCUCAAGAUGAGUGAAAAUAUGGAAGCAGCUGUUGAAGCGACAACACACCCGCCAGCACCAUCUUCAACAUCGUCAGAUGCAGCAUCAGUCAGCACAACUGCAUCAACAGUACCCAAGUCUGAAGCCUCAAGACCUACUAACUUUAUGAAGCCUUCAGGACUCAAACCACCCACCAAGAUUGGAAGACUGUGUUCCAACGCUGCCCCAAAGCCUGCUGUGCCAAUAUCUCCAAGGAGUGACGGCAGUACAUCGGACACAGUGCGAAAGUUGAGUGAAGAUUCUUCUAGAAAAUAUUUAUCAGAUUUAAUCGAAGCCGAAGAAGACGAAGUUAGCAGCAGUUUGCCAGACAGGCCGCGUUCACAUCGAAAGGCAUCUACCAGCAGCAGAUCGAGUGUCACAUCCAUGGACUCGCUUUGGGAGAAAUAUCCUCGACGACUCAGUGAAGCUGGCUUAAGGCGUUGCUCAGAUCACAGUGUCGUGCUAACUGAGGACACCGACAGUUUUAUAAUCGGCGAACGAGUAUGGGUGGGUGGCACUAAAGCCGGUCAGAUCGCUUACAUCGGUGAAACACAGUUCGCUCCGGGCGAUUGGGCUGGCAUUGUUCUUGAUGAUCCUAUAGGUAAAAAUGACGGUUCGGUAGCUGGUUUUCGUUACUUCCAAUGCCCCGAAAAACGAGGUGUAUUUUCUCGUCUCACUAGAUUAACGAGAGAACCGAUGAUUAGUCAUGCACCACACGAUGCUUCUCCAAUUUCCGACGCCGGAAGCGUGUUUGAACGUCCACCUUCGGGGUCAGCGAGACCCAGGCGUACACUCUCGCCGAACGGCAGUGUACGAAGCAUUGUCAGCAGUAAGAUGAAUGCUUCGAUUUCGACCACCACAAACGGAGACCUUCGCCUUGGCGACCGAGUAAUAGUAUCCAGCAGCAGGGGCAGUAAGGCCGGCACGUUGCGGUAUGUUGGUGUAACUGAAUUCGCAUCCGGCGUCUGGGGAGGUGUAGAGUUGGAUGACCCUCUAGGGAAAAACGAUGGUUCCGUUGAUGGAAAAAGAUACUUCGAGUGCGCUCCUCGUUUCGGUCUGUUCGCGCCAAUUUCCAAGGUGUCGCGAUCACCUUCGAACCGGAAACCCGGGGCCUGCGCUAUUCACAGCAAUGGUCGUGCGACGCCUCUGCGCCGUUCCAACUCGCGCGAAUCGCUGACAUCGCUCGGAACUUCGAUCGCGUCUUCCCGACCGGGGGUGAGACUCGGGGUGACGUCGCUGGGUGCUCAGCGGGCCGGUCCACGCGCGUCAUCUACCCCAGUGUCGGCGAAGAACGCGUUGCAGGAAAUCCUACGAGAGAAACAGCAACAUCUGGAGCGGUUGAUGCGGGAAAGGGAACUGGAUCGGACGGAGCUUACAAAGGCAUCGCUACAAGUUGAUCGUACAGAGAACGCGCUUACACAGAUUAAGAAAGAAGCUACACAGGCAAACAACGAAAAUGCGAAACUCAAAGCCGAACUGGACAAACUCAAUAAGAUGCUGGAAGACGAGCGGCAGAAGGUUGAGGAUCUCAUGUUCAGAAACGAAGAGGAAAAUAUUAAUAAGGAGGAUUAUAAUAAAUACAAAGAAGCCAUGGAGCUAGAAAAGGAAGCGCGAGAAAAGCAAAUACGAGAUUUAGAAGCGGAAGUAGCGCUUGAAGCCGCCCGUGCAGAAACAACCGCUGCAGCGUUGCGUACGCUUGAAGACCAGCGCAAUGCAGAUAUGAGUGCCCUAGCUGAGCAACACAAAGAAGAACUGGUUGCAGCACAGACGUUAUCAUCAGAACUGCAAAAACUGCUUCACGAAGCUUACGCUCUUCUUAAAGAAAAGGAAAGUGAAAAAGAUUCGCUUGGUAAGAGCAUGUCGGAAGAGCUGACUAAAGUUAAAACAGAAUCCGAAAAGGCACUUAAUGAAGCUAGAACUAAAAUAGCUAUCGCUCAGACUGAAUUUGAUACGCAACUAUCAGUGCUCACAGCUAAGUUGCAACUGGCCGAAUCGAAAUUAGAGACUGAGAAACAAAAUGUAGAAAGAUUAAAUAAGGAAAAUAGCCAAAUAAUCAUAGAUCUUAAUAGUAAAUUAAUAUCACUCCAGGCAGCUGUUGAUGAUAAAACUUUAGAAUUAAAUAAAGUUACGGGUACGAGUAAGGAACAUGAAGUAAAUCUAAAUAAAGAAAUAACAAAAUUAAAAAUGGAACUUAGUGCUAAAGUAUUGGACAUAGAGCAGCUCGAAGAUUUUAAGAAAAAACAAGAAACAACGUGCAAGUCAUUGCAGGAGGAAAUUAUUCGUAUCAAAGAAGAAUUAUUUAAUAAGGUUAACGAGUAUGAAAGCUUCUUAAACGAAGCCUCUCAGCAAGAUGAGAAAAAUAAAUUAGAGAUUUUGAAAUUACAACAGGAUCUUAGUGCCAAAACAAAAGAUUAUGACAAAUUGCUCAAUGAAAAUAAUAAUUCUUGUAGCACCAACGAGAAACUUAUUCAUGAAUUUAAACAAACAGUACAUGAACGAGAUAAGGAGAUAAUAAAAUUGAAAGAUGAGUUCGAACAAACAACCGCUAAUUUUAAUAUCAAACAUAGCAAAAUAGCAGAAGAACAUAAAAAAGAAAUUGAAGAUCGCAAUUCUAAAAUAGAACAGCUAAUAAAAGAAAUUGAAACUCACAAGCAAGCUUUAGAUCAAAGUAAAAUAGAAUUUGAUACAUUAAACACACAAUUUAUAAUAAAUGCAGAUGAGUUGAACUCGUUAAAAGAAGAAAAUAAAAAGUUGAAACAAUCUCUUUCUGAAGUCACAGAAGCUAAUAAUGAACUUAAAAGUAAAUUAUCACAAAUGGAAUUAGAAAUUGGCGAACUGAAACGUCAACUACAUAGUGCUUUAGAAAAGUGUGAUGAAAUACAAAAGUCUAAAGAAAAUGUAGAACAAGAAUAUCUAAAUCUCACUGGACAAACCACUGAUUCUAAUGAACAAUUUAACAAACUUUCAAAACAUCUGAAAGAUACAGAAAAAGAGCUGCAAGAAUUAAAAGAUAAAUAUAGAGAAGUCACAAACAAUUGUAGCCGGAUCGAACAAGAAUUCAAACAAAAGAUAUUAAAAAUACACGAAGAUUUUUCCACUGAAAGAACUCAGCUUUUAGAAUCUAUAGAUGGAAAUAUUGCUAAAUUGAAUAUGUCGGAAAAUAAGAUUAAAGAUCUUGAAAAUCUUCUAGCUGAAACUGAAAGUCGUUUAAGAGAAUUUGAAGCUCAGAAUGAAAAAUUACUGGAUGAAAAUUCUAUGUUGAAAAAUGAAAUAGAGAGUCUAAAAGUAAAAGAGAACGAACUAAAUAAUGAACAUGACACUAUAAGAAAAAAACUUGAAAUAGAUAUUGAUCGUUACAAAGAUGAGAUAGCCUUAUUAAAAGCCGAUGGUGCUACAUCUGAAGUCAAACUAAUGGAAAAAGUGGACCAACUGACGGAAGCUCAAAAUGACUUGAAUAAUAAACUAGAAGAAGCUCGAAAACACGAAGAUUCUUUACAAAAAGUCUUAGAUGAUAUGACUGCGCAGUUAAACAACCAAAGAAGCCAGUAUGAAAAAGAAUUUAACCAACUAAAGGGUCAGCUGAUCGCCAUGAGUGAAGGCGAAAAAACCCAAAAGGAUGAAGAAUGUAGAUUAAAAGAAUUAGUAGAAGAGAAACAAAAUUGCAUUAAAGAUUUAACGCUGAAAUUGGAAAUGUUAGCCAUUGAUAUAAAAUCUAAUGGAGAAAUUUUAUCUGAAAAAGAUCGUCAGUUGUAUCAAGUGUCAGAAGAGCUUAAUAACGCCAAUGAAAUGAAAAACAAACUAGAAGAUCAGUUAAAUCAAUCCGUUCUAGAAACUACGUCGCUUAAACAACAAUACGAGGCUCUUUUAAAUAAUUCUUCUACAGAGGAAUCUAUUUUAAAGCAGCAGUUAGGACAACUAGAAGUGAUAAAAUCUGAAAGGGCGACAUUAGUUAAUGACAAAACAUUAUUAGAAGCCAAAUGUAAUGAAUUCACUAACGAAAUUAUGAAUCUUAGAAAUGAAAUUGAAGAUGGUAAUUUGAGAUUAAAGGAAUGUCUUGAAAACAUAACUGCUUUGAACAACGUGAUCAGUGAGAAAGAUAUUAUCAUUAAAUCUCUGAAUGAAAAAAAUAAUACAGACUCAAAUAAAACUUUGUUAUUAGAAGGAGAUAUUACUAAACUUCAAGAAGAAAUUAAUAAUAAAAACAGUUUAAUGGAAGAAAAACAACUGGCAUUAAAUAAAUUAAAUGAGGACACCAUUUUACAGACCAGGCAAAUGCUAGAAUCGAUCAAGCUGUUAGAAACUGAGAAUUGUGAAUUAAAAACUAAAUACGCCAGUGAAAUCGGAUCCCUAAAUGCUACAAUAAAAACAUUACAAAUUAGUUUAACAAAUCAAGAAAAGUAUCUCGAAGAGCUAGAACUAUCUAAAGAGAAAGUUAUCGAGUUACAAAGUUGUGUAACCAAAUCUGACAAUGAUAUAAAACAAUUAAAUAACAUAAAUGAGGCGCAAAAAUUAAAUUACGAAGAUUUGAAUAAACAAUUACAAACUCAGUUCGAUGAAUAUAAAAAAGAAAGCAAAAUUUUGAGACACGAAUUAAAAAAUAAAAUUUACGAUUAUGAAAAACAGUUACAGGAUUCGAAAGAUAAAAUUGCGUCAGAGACAGAAAAUCAAAACAAACUCCAAAAUAAACUUUCUGAUGCAGAAAAAGAUGUACUAGAUUUAUCUCAAAAAUUGGAAUUAUUAGCUAUACAACAAAACAAUGCAAGCAGUAAAGACGAUAGAUUAGAAAAAUUGACUUUAGAAUUACAAGCAACGAGGAAAACUAGCUCAGAAGCAUUAUCGAAUAGCGAAAAAAUUAUAAGCAAAUUGAGAGCUGAUCUAGAUAAUAAUAUUAAAGAUAUGAAAAGCAAGGACGACCUAAUAAUGAAAUUGCAAGGAGAUCUCAAGAGUCAUAAAGCCAAAGUGGAGAUAGCAGAAAGAGAAAAACUUAGUUUACAGAAAGAAAUGGCGCAGAAAGGCCAGGAAGUACGUGACAAAAAUGACAAUACCGCUAUGGGUCUACUCGGACAAGGCGAUAAUGCAUCACAGAAAUUCGAGGAUAAAGAAAUGAUAGAUGGUCAAGUGAGCUUCCUUAACUCUGUGAUAGUCGACAUGCAGCGAAAAAACGAGCAGCUAAUGGCGCGGGUGCAAGCUCUAGAGGGAUCGACCGUCCCUGCUGAGCCUCCACUAUUUAAUGGGCGCAAAGCCCGCGCGGUGGCGCCGCGGCUGUUCUGUGACAUAUGCGACGUGUUCGACGCACACGACACAGAGGAUUGUCCGCGACAGUCGGUCGAGCCAGAUGUGCCUCCCUCCUCCAAGAAAGUGCCGCCCCCGCCCAGACCUUACUGUGAGAUUUGUGAAGUGUUUGGGCACACUACAGAAAACUGUGAUGAAGAAGAAACUUUUUAAUAACUAUUUAUUAACUUUAGCUCUAAUGUUACCGUUGUUGAUGUUACUCGUUUUCUCUACGUUAUUUAUUGUUUACCACAAAAAUGGUAUAUCGUUUUAAAAUCAUAUAAAAUAGGAGAAUAUUUGUAAAUAAGGAAAACGACUUUGUAACUUAUUUUAGCAUGUUUUAAAGGUAAUGGUGUUAAUUUUUUUUUUCAUGUGCAUUAUCUGGAUAUAAUGUGUAUUGAGAGAAAACGUUUUAUGCGGAUAUAAAUUUUCUUCACAAUCAUGGUUUUAACAUUAUCACGCAACUAUAAUUAUUAUGUAAACAACUAAAUAAACACCAGAAUUAUUACAAAUUUU